AUGGCAUCAGGAGACGAAAUCCCGCCUGUUGUCGAAGACGUCUCGCAGAUCGGAGGGGACGCUUCGGGGACGGAAGCCCCAUCCGCGGAAAUUGCCGAUUCAGCUCCGUUGGAAUCGGCCGAUGCCAUAUCGAGCACUGCGGGAUUCGAACCCGCGAUCGGUCCCGAUGGAGCUGACUCUGGCUUCGCACCAGCGGAUGUUCCGGAGCUCGCGGCGGUCCCGGAGAUGGCGGCGGAACCGACGAUCACGCAUCGCGAGUUCUAUUUCAUCAGAAUUCCGCGUCCGGAUUUGUCGGCGGAGAUCAGCAAGAUCAAGGCGGUAGAGCAGCGCGUGAAGGAGAAGCGCGACAAGCAGCAGGCCGUUAGCGCCGCGCUUCGUGCGAAGAAGGCACAAUGGUCGGAGGCUUUCGAAGCGCUCAAGGCCGCGCGGGCGCGCGCGCGUGAUUGUUCGCAGGACGUGCGGAACAAGUUUGACGAGGCGAAGCCGCUGCAGGGCGUGCUGCGCAAGAUGAACGAGAGCAAGGCGAGCGUGCGCGACAGGGGCCGCGGGCUCGAGUGCACCACUGAGGCGCAGCUCAACGCGCUGAUUGCGGCGACGGAGCACCGCAUGCAGCACGAGUCGAUCUCGCUCAAGGAGGAGAAGCAGCUGAUGAAGGAGCUCAAGGAGCUGGAGGCGUCGCGCCCCAAGGUGAAGGAGAUGGAGGCCCUCACGGCGUCCUUCCAGGAGAGCCAGGGGCAGCGCGACUCCAUCCAGGAGCGCCUCAAGCCAAUCAUGGCGGAAGUGGACGUGCUGAAGCUGGAGCGCGACGCGGCGCAGAAGAUCUGCGCGACGCUCGAGGCGGAGGCGGCGGCGCUGGACGAGGAGGUGCAGGCGCUGUUCGGGGAGCGCGCCAAGGCGCAGAUGGAGGCGGACAAGGUCUACGACGAGCUGCGCGCCGCGCGCGCUGCUACUAACAAAAAGGACGAGGAUUUCCGGCAGUACCGCGCGGAUCUUGCGACAAUUCAGGAGCUCGCGUCGAAGAAGGACAUCGCGGCGCUCGAGGCAUUCUGCGAGCAGCAGAGGGAGCGCACGCAUCACAAGCUCAACACGGACGCGGCAUACAGAGCAGCAUACGUGGAGGCGAAUCGCUACAGCACCAUCCGCCGCUUCCGCUCCCUGGACACGCGCAGGCUCGGCGUGGACGAGGACCCUGCGAACCUGCUCGACGUGCCGUCCCGAACCUACGCGCCAGCUUCGGCGCCUGCUGCUUCCGCGGCGGGUGCUGGGGAGGCAAGGGCGGGAAGCGCGGCGGAGAAGAAGGGGAAGGGGGCGGGGGAGAAGGACACUGGAAAGGCGGCUGGGGGGGACAAGGGCGCAGGGGGGAAGGGGAAGGGGGGGUCUGGGGAAGGCGCAGGAAAGGGUUCGAGGGGAACCGCCGCAGCAGCAGCGGCAGGCUGGGGGGAUGAGGAAGCGGACGUGGGGAAAGGGAAGGGAGAUGGGAAGGCGGGUAAAGAGAAUGGGGUAGUGAUAAAGCCGCCGGAAACGAAGGUGGAGGAGGUGGAUGAGGAGGCGGAGAGGGAGAGGCGGAGGGAGGAGGCGACACGGAAGGCGAAAGAAGCAGAGGCGCGCAAGGCGAAGCUGGCGGAGAAGGCUCAGAAGCGCGCAGAGGCGCGCGCUGCCAAGGAGGCUGAGGCGCUGGCCAAGCGACGCGAGAAGGAGCGCGAAAAGCGGGCGCGCAAGAAGGCGGCAGCAGCAGGAGUGCCAUACGUGGAAGGGGCAGCAGAAGCGCCAGCAGAGGGCGAAGCCGCCGACGACACCACCACAGGCGACGAUGCUUCCGCUGCAGAGGAGACCAACACCAGCGCCGCUGCCAACAGCAAGGGCGACGCGGGCAAGGGCGGGGAGGCGGAAGCAGGGCUGUCGAGGAGGGAGCAGCGGAGGAGGCAGGCGCUGGUGGCGCUGAGGAAGAAGAAGAGCGGGUGGCUCAGCGGCAGUGCCCUGUGGGGGGUGGCUGGGGUGCUCGCUGUUGUGCUUGCUAUCGUCAUCGCUUACUAUGUGCAGAAGGCACUGAACCCGGCCCAGCCCAUAUUUGAGGCGGAGAGCUAG